AGCUUUUCCUCUGGGCUGAGGAAGAGGAGGACGUCUGUUGUUCUCUGGCAGCUGCUUUCUCUUUGGGACCAUUCUUCACUUUCUAUCAAACUCAUGGACUCUGAGUGAAUCUGCUCCGAAACGUUCCCGCUGCUUCCUUUCCUCAGAUCUUAUCUUUACUGUGUCUGCUUUUAAAAAGACUCUGGUCAAAUGUCUCUAACUGUAGAGGACCUGACCGGAGGAGUGAUGACGGAGUUUCAGGAGAAGCUGAGGGCGCAGCACGAGGAGUCGAUGCACCGCGAGCUGGAGGCGCUGCUCGGCACCGCCAACAAGGCCGAGGCCGAGAUCUCCAGCAAAGACUUUGAGGGCUUCAAGAAUCUCUUCCACAGAUUCCUGCAGGUCAAAGGUCCCGCGGUGGACUGGGCGAAGAUCAACCGUCCCCCGGAGGAGUCGAUCCAGCCCUACGAGAAGAUCAAGAUGAAGGGACUUCCUGACGACAUCUCAGCCAGCCUCAACAAGCUGGCGGUGGUGAAGCUGAACGGGGGUCUGGGGACCAGCAUGGGCUGCACGGGCCCCAAGAGUCUGAUCAGCGUCCGCAACGAGAACACCUUCCUGGACCUCACCGUGCAGCAGAUAGAGCAUCUGAACAAAACGUUUAACGCAGACGUUCCUCUGGUCCUCAUGAACUCCUUCAACACGGACGAGGACACGAAGAAGAUCCUGCAGAAAUACAAACACCACCGCGUCAACAUACACACCUUCAACCAGAGCAGGUAUCCGAGGAUCAACAAGGAGUCUCUGCUGCCCAUCGCUAAGAACAUGUCGACGGGGGGGCAGAACGGGGAGGCGUGGUACCCUCCGGGUCACGGGGACGUCUACGCCAGCUUCAGCAACAGCGGGCUGCUGGACAAGCUGCUCUCCGAGGGGAAGGAGUACAUCUUCGUGUCCAACAUCGACAACCUGGGCGCCACCGUGGACCUCUUCAUCCUCCAGCACCUGAUGAGCCAGCCGGCCGACAGGCGCUGCGAGUUCAUCAUGGAGGUCACCGACAAGACCCGGGCCGACGUCAAGGGCGGGACUCUGAUCCAGUACGAGGACCACCUGAGGCUGCUGGAGAUCGCUCAGGUCCCCAAGAAUCACGUGGACGAGUUCAAGUCCGUCACCAAGUUCAAGAUCUUCAACACCAACAACCUGUGGAUCUCUCUGCCCGCCAUCAAGAGGCUGCAGGACACGAACAAAUUGGACCUGGAGAUCAUCGUCAACCCCAAGACUCUGGACGGCGGUCUGAACGUGAUCCAGCUGGAGACGGCGGUGGGCGCGGCCAUCAAGAGUUUCAACAACGCUCUGGGAGUGAACGUGCCGCGGAGCCGCUUCCUGCCGGUGAAGACGUCCUCCGACCUGCUGCUGGUGAUGUCCAACCUGUACAGCCUGGACGCCGGGUCGCUCACCAUGAGCAGGAAGAGGGAGUUCCCCAGCACCCCCCACGUGAAGCUGGGCAGCUCCUUCACCAAGGUCCAGCAGUUCCUCUGCAGGUUUGAGAGCAUCCCCGACAUGUUGGAGCUGGACCAUCUCACCGUGUCCGGAGACGUGACCUUCGGGAAGAACGUCUCUCUGAAGGGAACCGUCAUCAUCAUAGCCAAUCACGGAGACCGGAUCGAUAUCCCCGCCGGAGCGAUGCUGGAGAACAAAAUAGUUUCUGGAAACCUGCGGAUCCUCGACCACUGAUGCAUUCUGGGAGAAAGAAAAGCGAUUUCAAACAAGCCAUUUGCACCUUGAAGAGACUCGAAGAUGAUUUAUUCUGCUCUAAUGAACUAUCACACGUUGUUUUCUGUUAAUGUAAAGACAACCUGAAGGGUCAAAGGUCAACGUCUUCCUGUCUGCAGACACGAGGGAACUUCCUGUUUCUGAAAACACCGUCUGACCCCUGUGGUGUUUCUGCUGCCAAUAAAAAAGUGCAAUACCGUCAA